AUGGGAGUCCUCGCUGCCAUCUCCGGGCCGGUCGGCAACUUCACGGCCAAUUCAUCCACGCCCGUCACCAUUCUCGCCGGUCUCGCGUCCUUGGUCGUCCUCGCGGUCGUCCUCAACGUCCUGCAGCAGCUGCUGCUCAAGAACCCCAACGAGCCGCCCGUCGUCUUCCACCUGUUCCCCGUGAUUGGCAGCACAAUCACAUACGGCAUCGAUCCCUACAAGUUCUUCUUCGCCCAGCAGAAGAAGCACGGCAAUGUCUUCACGUUCAUCCUCCUCGGCCGCAAGAUGACCGUCUGCCUCGACACCAAGGGUAACAACUUCAUCCUCAACGGCAAGCUCAAGGACGUCAACGCCGAGGAGAUCUACAGCCCGCUCACCACCCCUGUCUUUGGCAAGGACGUCGUCUACGACUGCCCCAACUCGAAGCUGAUGGAGCAGAAGAAGUUCGUCAAGUUCGGUCUCACCCAAGACGCCCUCCGCUCCUACGUUACCGUCAUUACCGAAGAAGUCGAGAACUUUGUCAAGCGCCACAAGGCCUUCAAGGGCCAGAAGGGCACCUUCGACGUGACCAAGGUCAUGGCCGAGCUCACCAUCUACACCGCCUCGCGCUCGCUCCAGGGCGAGGAGAUCCGCAACUCGUUCGACUCGAGUUUCGCCGAGCUGUACCACGACCUCGACAUGGGUUUCUCGCCCAUCAACUUCAUGCUUUCUUGGGCUCCUCUCCCCCACAACCGCGCGCGGGACAACGCACGCGAGACCAUGAUCAAGCUCUACUCGGGCAUCGUUCGCAGGAGGAGGAACGGUGAGGCCAGGAAGGAAGGCGAGCACGACAUGAUCUGGCAUUUGUUGGACUGCAAGUACAAGGACGGCACACAGAUCCCCGAGCACGAGAUUGCCGGCAUCAUGAUUGCCCUCCUCAUGGCUGGUCAGCACUCCUCGUCUUCGACGAUCGCCUGGAUCAUUCUCCGUCUGGCGCAGAACCCCCACCUGAUUGAAGAGCUUCUGGCGGAACAGCACUCGGUUCUCGGAAAGGACCUGCCGCCGCUCACGUACGAAGACCUCCCCAAGCUGUCCCUGCACGCGCAGGUCGUCAAGGAAACCCUCCGUAUCCACGCGCCCAUCCACUCCAUCAUGCGCAAGGUCAAGCAGCCUCUCGUGGCCGACGGCACCAACUAUGUCAUCCCUACCUCGCACACGCUCAUGUCCUCGCCUGGCUUCUCCGCGCAGCUCGACUCUCAUUUUGUCAACGCCGACGUCUGGGACCCUCACCGCUGGGACGCUGGCCAGAACAACUACGAAGAGCCCGAGGCCGUCGCGGGUGCCGAGGACACGAUCGACUACGGCUGGGGUGUCAUCUCCAAGGGAACCAACUCGCCCUACCUGCCCUUCGGCGCCGGCCGUCACAGGUGCAUUGGCGAGCAGUUUGCGUAUCUGCAGCUGCAGACCAUCCUCGUUGCCUUUGUGAGAGAGUUCAAGCUCAGGAACGUGGACGGUAACAAGGACAUCAUCGGCACAGAUUACACGAGUCUGUUCUCGAGGCCGCUGGCGCCUGGCACCGUCGAGUGGGAGAGGCGGAACGGCGAGUUGUAG